CAGUCACUACGGCCCUCAACCACUACGGCCCCAGUCACUUCGGCCCUAGUCACUACGGCCCUAGUUACUACGGCCUCUCUCACCGUCAACCCUAGUCACUGCGGCCCCAGGCACUACGGCCUCCCAAGAUGUUAACUUAAAUAUAAGAACUACAGUGAGAGAGAGAAACCACAUGUCAUUUCAUAACCAAGGAAAGGAAUAUAGAAUCAUACAUGUAUAUAUUACCAAAAGUGUAUAAAUCAUAUGUUGUCUAUGUAUAUGUCUAAAGAAUUCAAUAAACCACUUGUUUGUAUAUUUGUGUUGUUUGUCUCAGUCCAACUCCUCCUGAAUAUCUCAUCCAGGCCUCACAGAGAGAGAGAGAGAGAAAUUGACAUGUGGUCUCUCUCUCUCUCUCUCUAAUAAACAGAGAGAGAGAGAGAGAGAGAGAGAGAGAGAGAGAGAGAGAGAGAGAGAGAGAGAGAGAGAGAGAGAGAGAGAGAGAAUAAAAGAUGAUAUUCUCACGAUCACUAGCAAUUAUACACUUAGUUCCGAGCCUCUAUUUUUGGGUGACGGGUUAAUAUUCGUCUGCUUCGCUGCUUUGCUUACAAGUCAUGAAGAUCCAGUUCUGUUAUCAUUCUCCAUCAUGGAAUAUCCCUGUGUGGUUUGCGCGAGUGAAGUUCGGCCUCGUCAGCAUGCCAUUCAGUGCGCUAACUGUGAACGCUGGCAACACAGGAAGUGUAACACCGGGAUUUCCUACAAGGAUUAUCGUUCCAUGGUGAAAGGGGAGCUACACAUGCACUGGAUCUGCAUCACAUGUUCAGAAGUAGAAGGUAAAUUUUAUGUUUUUAUUAUACUAUAGUGAAAAACAAGUUGGAGGAGGAGGAAGCGGUAGUUUAUCAGAACAUCGUCCCUAUGGCUGAAAGCACACCUUUGGAAGCUUUACCUCUUGAUGACGUUAGCACCCGACCAGUAGAUAAUGAAGAUCUGUUGGAGACGGAGGAAGGGGGAGUUUUGGAGGAGGUAGGAUCUAUCCCGGACAUCAGCACCCGACCAGCCUUGCCAGAGGAAUAUGAAGAAAGUAUUCUACCUGAUGACAUUAUUGAUGAAGUUCCAGGUAUAGGGGAUGAAUUAAUAAACUCUUAUAAGAUCGUUGAAGGUGGUACGAGAAGAGGAAAUGCCCUCCUUGUAGAUUCCUUUGGUUAUACCUAUAACCAAAAGGCCACAGGGAAGAAGAAAAAUCCAACUGGUAAAGUAACUUGGCGCUGUAGUGUGAGAAACAAGAUGCUAACAUGUCCUGCUACUGUCCUUCAGAAUGGCUCCAUUUUCACCGGAGGAUCUCAUCAUCAUGUUCACGAACCCCAACAAGGUGCUACUUUUAAGGCUGAAGUCAUUGCUACUGCAAAGGCCUUAGCCAAAGAGAAGGUUAACAUUUUUUCAUCCGCUUCUUCUUUAGUGGAUCGUGCUAGAACUGCCACAGAAGGGGAUGAUGCAGCCUGUUUAAAUACAGUUAACAUAGCACGGUCUCUAAAUCGCCUUAGACAGGGUGACAGACCUGAUGAACCAGAUAAUUUGAACUUUGAAUUGGAUGACAAUUACAUCCCAAAAGAGUUCCUUCAGAAGGAUAUUGCUAUAACUGGUGGCCGACACUUAAUAUUCGCUACUUCUGAACAACUUGCUUUACUCAAGAAUGCAAGGACGUGGUACGUGGAUGCUACAUUUCGUGUAGUGCGCAAGCCAUUCUAUCAAUUAUUUGGCAUCCAUGCAUUCGUGAAAGGAAUAGAAGGAAAUAUAAAACAAGUACCUCUAGUAUUUACCCUCAUGUCGGGGAAAAGAAAAAAAGAUUAUAAGAAAGUUUUUAAGGUUAUUUUAGACAUACUACAGGAGUGCAAAGUAGAGAAAUUGGUUUUAGAUUUUGAAGUUGCUGUAUGGUCGGCUGUCAGGACAUUACUCCCGAUAGUAAAAUUGCAAGGAUGCUCGUUCCAUUGGAAUCAAGCCAUUUGGAGAAAAAUCCAAGAAAUAGGACUGGCUGCACCAUACAUGAAUCAUCGCCCAACUAAGGAUUUCAUAAGGCAGCUCAUGGCACUUCCUUUCCUCCCUGAAGAACACAUAAAAACAACAUUUGAACAGGUUGAAUUACGAGUGCCUCCUGGACCACUUAAAAUUCUAAUGGAUUAUAUUAAAGAAACUUGGAUCAAUGGAUUCUGGGCGCCAAGUGACUGGACUGUAUUCGGGCAGAGUAUCCGGACUAACAAUGACGUAGAGGGAUACCACAGAAAGUUGAAUGGUAUGGCAGGCAGCUCUCAUAUUCCAUUUUAUGUUUUAGUGCCAUUACUGUACAAAGAAGCAAAAAAUGUAACUGUAGAGGUCCGUCUUGUCAAGGAUGGUAAACACACACGUCGCCAGCGCCGUCAGUUUAGAACAGUGCAAGGCAAAAUAUUUGCCCUAUGGAAACGGUAUGAAGACCAUGAAAUUACCACCAAUCACCUCUUAAAAGCAUGUUCGAAGUUAUGUACAAAUGGACCUUCCCAAUAAAUGGUGUUUUAUGUAUUAUAUCAUAGGUUUUAAAAUGCUGUUUUAUACAUACUAUAUAUUAGAUAUUACAUCACAAGUUUUAAACCUAAAUAUAUGUAUACUGUAUCAGAUUCCCUUAUAUGUGUUGUACGACUAGGAUUUGUACAGUUUGU